GAGCCGACCCUCUCCAGCAAAAGAUCGACGCACUUCAGAAGAAGUACGAUGCUCUGGUGGCCAAGAGCAAUGGGGCUACCCCGCCUGCGGCCGCCUCUUCCACGACUAACAAGGAGCAGUCCCCCGCAGACAAGCUCAAGGAGAAGAUCAAGCAGCUGGAGAGCUCGCUGUCCGCGUGCAAGUCGCUGCCUGAUGAAGUCGGUAAGGAAGCGUGUGAGUCUUUGGAGAAGCAGUUGGUGGACGCCCGCAAACUUUUGGCGGCGACGAAGCCUGAGCUCACUCAGCAUACUAACGUCGGACAUCGGCUUUCUCGUGCGACGACACGCAAGAGCAAGCUUGAGCAGCAGGUUUCCGAGCAGCUGGAGAUCAUACGAGCAGCCGAGGAACGCACGGAUACCCUUCGUGCGCAGAUCAAGGCAGCAGAAGAGGAGAUACUGUUGCUUAAUCGUGAACUGGUCGACACGUUACCAUUGGCGCCCAAGGUCAAUCUGGAGGUCGAUCCUAACGUCUUGGCACAGCAUCCUCAAGCAGCAGUUCUCAAGACGUUCAUGGAGUCAGAAACGUUCAAGCUCUUCGCCGAGGUCCUGGGCGAGAGCAUCAAGCUGGUGGUGCGAGUCAGGCUCAUGGCAGCGAUGCUGGUGCUAGCGGGUCAGGGGAUGGUCGCGACAGAUCCGAUGCAGAUGCAGGUGGAGUUGGAGUUCGCGUCCCCGAUGACAUG